AAUAAGACAGAAGAAGAAGAAGAAGCGAAAAUUUUAUUUUUCAUACGCGUAAAUAAGUGAAUCGAAUUGGAUGGGAAAAUACCUUUUUUCCCAGCGUUAAAAUAGUAAAUAUAUGGAAAAUAAACACAAAUGAAUGCAAUUCCAAUGUAAUGUAAUCAAAAUAAAGUGAAAUAUUUGGAAAUUAUCUGCUAAUAAAGCAAGUUCGAAGAGAACAAAAAAAAAAGUGAUUCAAGUCUAGCAAGAAGAAGAGAAAAAGAAAAAAGAACUGCGGCUCCAUCCGAAGCAAGUGCAAGAAAAAAAAAAACAAACAAAAAACCAAAGUAUGUCUUUUGUACGUACGGUUGGAUCGGGCCCUGCUACCGGAGGAAAUGCGGAAUCCGUGCAAAAGUUUGUGGAAGCUUUGAGGGCUGACUUUAAAACACUAUCAUUGGAGACCAAAAAGAAAUAUCCACAAAUCAAGGAGUCAUGUGAAGAGGCCAUUUCCAAACUCUCAACAGCCGGCAGCAAUCAACAACAAUCAGUCUACUAUACAGUCAAUCAGAUACUAUAUCCAUUGGUACAAGGAUGCGAAACGAAGGAUUUGAAAAUUAUCAAAUUUUGUUUGGGCAUGAUGCAGCGUCUUAUCACCCAGCAGGUGGUUGAUCAAAAAGGUGCCCGCUACAUAACCGACGCCCUCUGGAUGUUAAUGGAACACAACAUUGAAGAAGUUAAAGUUUUACAAACCAUUACCCUGCUAUUGACCACCAAUACGGUGGUGCACGGUGACACUUUGGCAAAGUCGUUGGUGUUGUGCUUUCGUUUACAUUAUACAAAAAAUUCAACCAUUGUCAAUACAGCAGGUGCCACAAUACGUCAACUGGUAUCGUUGGUAUUCGAACGAGUCUAUUUGGAAAAAGAUUCACUAACCAGUCUCCAGCAACGGGAUGCAUCGGGAAAUGUGGUGGAAAUUGAUGCCACCGAUACCAGUAUCACAAGUGCUGGCGGUAAUAGUGGCAGUGGUGCCGGGAGCGGGGUCUCAAGCUUAUCAUCAUCAGGCGGCCCCAGUGAAAUGUCAACAUUUGCCUCAGAUGCGUUUCUAUUGUUUCAGGAUCUUGUCCAUUUGGUAAAUGCCGAUCCACCAUUCUGGCUUGUUGGCAUGAAUGAAAUGACCAGAACUUUCGGUUUGGAACUGCUCGAGGCAGUGCUGACAAAUUUCAGUGCUGUAUUUCAUGAGAAUCGUGAUUUCCGUCUGCUACUGAAAGAACGUGUCUGUGCCCUGGUCAUCAAACUAUUCUCGCCCAAUGUCAAACAUCGUUCUUUGCCAACACAAAAUGCAAAUGGCAAUACCACAACUACCAGUGAUAAACCCUACUUCCCCAUUAGCAUGCGUCUGUUGCGACUUGUGGCCAUACUCAUACAAAAAUAUCACACAAUAUUGGUGACAGAAUGUGAAAUCUUUCUUUCGCUGAUUAUCAAAUUCUUAGAUCCCGACAAGCCCCAUUGGCAACGGGCCCUGGCGCUGGAGGUAAUACAUAAAUUGGCCACCAAACCAUCAUUGGUUGCAUUCUUUUGUAAAUCAUACGAUUGUAAAAAUCACGCCACAAAUAUUGUACAAGAUAUGAUCACGGCAUUGGGUACAUAUGUUCGCUACUCGUUGAUAAAUUCUGCGGCAUUGCUGAAUGGCCAACAAAACGGAGCCGUCCAAUUGAAUACUUUGACCGCUCAUAACUCGAAUAAUCAAUGUGGUUUCGUUUUCCGUGGAGCCUAUAUGCCUUUGGUGGCCACAUUCCCACCGGGCAUAUCUAAAGCUGUUUAUUUAGAGAUGUUAGAUAAACAGGAGGCACCUCAAAUUCCGGACAGUUAUGGAAUUUCAGUGGCAUAUGCGGUUCUCUUGGAUAUAACUCGUUCCAUAGGCGGAGUUAUUCAAAGGACACCUGAAAUGCAUCCCACUCACAACACGGCUGUCAUUACGGAAGAAGAACAUAAACCCUUGUGUCUACAAUUGAUCAAUUCCAGCUGGUCUGGUUUAUUGUCCGCCUUCGUACCGCUUGUAGACGCCUCCAUUGAUGAGGCCACCACCGAUAAUAUUCUCAAGGCUAUGCAAAACUAUGCCGCCCUGUGUGGCAUUAUGGAUCUUUUGAAUCCGCGUGAUGCUUUUAUUAUGGCCAUUUGUCGUGCCUCUUUCCCACCCCAUUAUGCCAUGUCGAUUUUUGCCAAUAACCCACAUAUGGAUGUUGAUCUCAGAUGUCAUACACGUUCGAAUAGCCAAGAUCUCAAUAAUCAAUUUAUGAGUUCGUGCAAUGAGUCCGGUGAUUUUCGUCAACAAAUUGUGGCAGUGGGAACACCACUGCCCAGUGCUUCCCUGCCGCAUAGUGUAAUGCAGGCUCCGGUUAUGUUGACCACCAAAAAUUUACAAUGUAUGCGUGCCAUACUGUUUUUGGCCCACAGCAAUGGUAGCAUUUUGGGCACUUCAUGGCACAUUGUGUUGCAGACGCUGCAACAUUUGGUGUGGAUUUUGGGUCUGAAACCAUCGACCGGUGGUAGUUUGCAGGCAUUUCCCAAACCCGCCGUUGAGGCUAAUGUGGGCAUACAGACAGCUGUUAUGGCCGAUUUACCCGUUCUAUCACAAAUGUUGAGUCAACUUUUUGAAUCUAGCCAGUAUUUGGAUGAUGUGGCGUUACAUCAUUUAAUUGAUGCUCUUUGCAAGCUAUCGCAUGAGGCUAUGGAAUUGGCAUAUGCCAAUAGGGAACCUUCAUUAUUUGCGGUGGCUAAGCUUUUGGAAACGGGUCUAGUGAACAUGCCACGCAUAGAGGUGUUGUGGCGUCCCUUGACUAAUCAUUUACUAGAAGUGUGCCAACAUCGUCAUAUUCGAAUGCGGGAAUGGGGUGUGGAGGCCAUAACCUAUUUGGUUAAAUCGGCAUUGCAAUACAAACAUAGCCAGCCGUUAAAGGAGAAUAUGAAUCUUCAAACCAUGCUUUUAAAUCCUUUGUCUGAACUAUCAACUGUACCCCAUGCAGAUGUUCGUCAACGUCAGCUCGAUUGUGUUUUACAAAUUUUAAAUGGUGCGGGAGAAAUUCUCUCGUUUGGCUGGCCUGCCAUUAUAGAAAUCAUUGGAGCCGUCAAUGAACAUCAUGGCGAGCCAUUGAUACGUACUGCAUUCCAGUGUCUACAAUUGGUUAUUACCGAUUUCUUGACCGUAAUGCCGUGGCGUUGUUUGCCCUUGUGCAUUUCCACAGCAGCUAAAUUUGGUUCACAAACCCAGGAGUUGAAUAUUUCCUUAACAGCUAUUGGUUUGAUGUGGAAUAUUUCGGAUUUCUUUAAUCAAAAUCAAGACAAAUUGAUGUCAGCCCAGGUGGAUGAUAGCACAAUAUUGCCCGAUUUUCCGGGCACUGUUAAAAUGCCGCAAUUCGAUAAGCUGUGGAUGUGUCUCUAUGCCAAAUUGGGUGAGCUUUGUGUGGAUUCCCGUCCUGCUGUACGCAAAUCGGCUGGCCAAACUCUAUUUUCAACAAUUUCUGCCCAUGGUAGCCUUUUAAAUCCUCCCACAUGGCAGGCUUUGGUAUGGCAAGUUCUAUUCCCUCUGCUGGACAAUGUACGUGCCCUUUCCAGUUCGGCUAGCAAUGAAAAAGUUGAUGCCAGUGGUAAUAUAUUAAUACAUCAUUCCCGCAAUACAGCCCAAAAGCAAUGGGCUGAGACACAAGUAUUAACUUUAUCUGGAGUUUGCAGAGUCUUCAAUACAAAGCGUGAAUUGAUACAAAUGUUGGGAGAUUUCGAUCGGGCAUGGUCUUUAAUUUUGGAAUUCAUACAAAAUGCUGCUCUGAGUAAAAAUGGUGAAGUUUCAUUGGCUGCUUUAAAAUCGCUUCAAGAGAUUAUGUAUCACAAUUCAGAGCCUAAAGUUGCAAGCAAACAGGAAACAGCUUCUUCUACAUCGAGUACAGCUGGAGAUAGAACAAAACUAAAAGAUGAAGAAAUUUGGAAUAUUGCUUGGAAGAUUUGGUUAAAUAUCGGCAUGGAAAGUACAAAAAUGACAAAAUCUCAGGAAUCAUCACAAGAUGAGUUCUAUGUACCCAGCCAGGCCUAUUUGACAGCUUUAAUACAAAUCUUUCCUGCGAUAUUUCAACAUAUACAAAAAAGAUUCAAACAAUCUGAUUUUGAGAAAUUCUGUACAGUAUUGACUAAUGCAGUUUGUAUACCCGUACAAACCGAAGCAGUUCCUUAUAUAAUGUCCUCAGUGUCCGAUUCAUUGUUAACGCCAUUACAUGAUAGUAUACUCGAGUGUAUGGAAUUAAUACAAAAGGAGGCUACCAAAGAAGAUUCCAAUUUAAGUCGCAUGAUUCCUGCUAUAUUCCGUCAAUUACUGGUAUUCAGUAAAUUUGCCUGUACGCCACCGUCUCUACAUAUUGCUGAGCAACAUAAUAAAUAUUCCAAAACAACGAAUCACUAUGGAGGUAACAAUAGUUCGGUGGAAGUUGUUAGCAUGAAUUAUAUACCAUUUGGCGAGAAAUCCAUUAGUAUUUGCGUUAAGCUAUACCAAUGUACAGCCACUGAGGAAUCUGUUAUGCAGGAACACAUUUUGCAUGAAAUCAUUAAGGCUUUAAGAACUCCCCUGGCCAUGAAAUACAAAUGUUUGUCGUCGAGUACAUGGAAAUUGGCCAUCUCAAGUUUAAUCACAGUACUGCAUACAGGUCUCAAAGUAGCUAGAGCGAAAUCAAAUUACUUUACUGGCAUGUGGGAUGAUUUAGCAGACACACUUGAUAAAUUCCUAUUUCCUCAAAGUGUCUGCACCAUUGAAGAUCGUGGCCUUGAAGAAAUCGUGUUGGAUGAAACCAUUGACUGUCAAGUUAUUGAACUAUUACGUGACGAAGUUUUGCCUUACGCCCAUGAAAUGCCUCACCAGUUUAUAAUGCAAAUUGUUGUUCUACUCAACAAAGGUUCCAUACAUUCCGCCUCCGAUUCGAAUAUUUGUUAUGAAUCCGAUUGGAAGCUACGCGAAAUAUUUGCCAAGACAUGUUUUGAGACAUUGCUGCAGUUCUCUCUGUUGGAUGAUAAUUGUAAUAAUAAUCGUUCGUCGGUAUCGAGUACGGCCAGUCCAUCGACAGCUGCUGCAAAUGCAUUAAAUGCCAAUAUUGCCAAUGCUGUUGGUGGUGCAGGUGGCAAAGAUUUUGCUGGUCGUUUAGCGGUAACGGCAUUGCUACAUCGUUUCCAAGAGGUAUUGAAACGUUUCAACGAUGACGAACGUCAAAGUGGGAAGUGUCCAUUGCCAAGAUUCCGCCUUUCGGAAAUCUCCUUUGUUUUAAAAGCAAUUGCCACAUUGGUUAUAUCCAUGAAAAAGGCGCCGGCAUCGAAAGUAAAUAAACCCGCCUGGGAUCAAUUAAUUGGUCUCUAUCCAUAUUUGGUAGAUUGUACAACAACAACAUCACCCGAAGUGUCACGUUCAUUACGGGAGGCUCUUUUACAGUACACAGAUUUGUUGCAUGCACCAAAAUAUUUUAACAAUAACAACAACAACAACAACAACAAUGUCGACAAUACUGCAACAUCAUCGUCAUCCUCAAAUAUACAAUGUGUCACAUCAUCCUCCUCAGUGUCAAACGAGACACAGCAACACACCAAUGGUCCAGAGUAAAACGGAAUGAAAAGCAAAAUAGAGGUUUGUACUGACUUGAUCAGAGACAGAGAAAAAUAAAACGAGAAAAAUAAAUACAAAAUAUAUUUGAAAAUAUGAAAUAAUAGGGAUAUGCUUUAUAUAAAUGAAAAUGUAGUUAAAAAAACGCCUACCAGCAAAUGUGUACAUGCUUGCAUGUACUUCGCGCAUAGAAAGAGAGAGACUCGUAAUAUUUAUUCAUACAUUCACAUAUAACAAUAUACAAUUAUACACAUAUUUAAAAAAAGAGGAGAGAAAUAAUCAAAUUUAAGUUUUAAACAACAAUAAUUUUUAUUCCAAAACAAUAUUAUACUACAUAUAUACAAACUCAAAAUGUGUGAUUUGUUAAAACAAAACAAACGAAAUAAAUAUCAUUUGCUACAUAAGGUGUGCUUUUUAUAGAAUUUCAUUUUGUUGUUGGUUUUCCCAUAUUUAUUGAUUUUGUUUUGUUUUAACUCUCCACACUACAACUAUAAAAAUAACUAUGCAAUAAAUCAAUUAUUUACAUAUAUUUAUAUUCAUAGUAAUUAUGCAAAAUGUCCUAAUCAUAACUGUGGAAAACCUCAAGAUUUUUGGCGUUCCAAAACAAAAGUGAGCUUUCUUUAACUCAUGCUGUAUUAUCGUCGACCAAUGAGUUGUUUUCAAUUAGAACCCAGUCAUCUAAAAUAGAAGAAUUUCUUGCUUUAUUUGGCCAUGAUUGGAUUAAACCAGUUAGUGUCCAAAGAACCCCGCAGACUAUUCGGGAGUUAACACUAGAAACAAAACAUCAAUCCAUAAAUGAUUUGGAGGUGUAAUUAUUCCACUCGAAUCUGAAAAUGAGACGAGUGUGGAAAGUUCAAAUGUAAAAGAAUGGCAAAAACAAAACUAUAAUAAUGAAGUUGUGAUUCUUCAGGAUGUUUUAAAUUAUAUAGCUUUAGAGAGCCUUUGGAAGAUGAGCUGAUUAUCUAUGACGCAUGUCAAAGAAACCGGUAAUAAAUAAAAAGUGUGACCAAAAAAGUAUCCUCAAAGGGGAAAAUAUAGAGAGAAUUGGAAAAUUUAGAAAUAAUUUGAUAGAUUUCUUGGCAAAUAAUUUAAAAGAUUUCCUGGCGAAUUAUUCUAGUCCUUGAUGAAUUAAAUCCUAUUUCUUGAGUAUUUCUUACAACAACAAAUAAGAACUAUAGACCUAACCUGUAAACAUUCUUCUCCAUUUUACCAUAGUCUACAAGGUUUUGUGUUUACAAUUUUUCCCAAAAAAAAAAAAAAAGAACUGGAUUAGCAAAGCGUAGUCCAACUAGAAUGUAAUAUAAAUUUUGAUUAAUUGAAUAAUCCAAAUACCGAUUAUCAAAUAUUAUGGCCAGGAAUGCUUUCAUCUUCUAAAAAAAAGGGUAGUACGAGUAACAAGAGUUGCAGCUAUAAAAUUGCGAAGAUACCGCACUGACCGAAAGACUUUAGUACUAUAACAGAUUCCAACUUUGCCAAGGAUGAUUUGCAAAAAGAGAGAAUACGGUCAAAACAUGCUUCAUCGAAAUAACGGUUUGAGACCCUAGGUCCCUUUCCACCAAAUCCGUUUCAGGACCUUUAGAGUCGAUCUAGCAGCCCAUCUGUCUGGCUGGUGGGCACGUUAACUCUCGAAGGAAGUACGUGUACAAAUUGGUACCUAGGUUAGGUUAAAUAACGGUUUGAGACCCUAGGUCUCUUUCGACCAAAUCCGUUUCAGGACCUUUAGAGUCGAUCUGGCAGCCCAUCUGUUUUGCUAGCUGGCAAUUUAACUUUCGAAGGGAGUAUCCAAAUCGGUACCUACGUUAGGUUAAUGGAUGCGUGGUUGUUUGAACAACCACACCACUCGGUGACCUGCUGGUCCAUUAUUAAUUUGUACCUAAGGGAUAAUCCAAAUGUCUACAAUCUUUCCAAUAUUUGUAUAAGUGCUAGGUCAGCUGCGAAAAUUAACAAUCUCGGAUCACUUCUUCUAGUACCUCCCCCACAAAGGGACAAAAUGUUGAAAAAUCAUAUCUUACAACUCUAACUUUGCACAUCCCAAUAUUCCUACCAACACAAGAUCUGUUGUGAAGAUGACCCGUCAAAGGGUCUAUCAUUUUGAAUAAAAAUAAUGAUCAUAAAAUGCGAAAAUGAGAAAUAAGAGAUGAUAAUGUCCAAGACGAACUUUAGGGUUUCUAUUUCCCACCUGCCAAAUAGCCUAUGUCUCUUAUUGGAUAACAUGGGACAUGUACAAAGUAGAUGUUCAAUCGUCUCUACCUCUUCUUUAUCUUCACAUAGGCUACAGUAAUCAGGAACACAGUUGUCCCAUUUUGAGGUCAGAUAUCUUCUAGCAUAGACCUACUAAAUGAUAGAAGCUAGUUUGUUCACCGUCUAGAGAUUGCCGGGCAGAUAUCCUGCAACCGGUUUCCAAGUGCCAUCUUCUUCUAGCUUUUCUUUUUUGAGAGAUUUUUGAUGGUUUAUCGGCCUCAUCAAUCGGUAUAUCAUUCACCUGGGAUACGCCUCGAGCUACUAAUUCAUCAGCCACUUCAUUUCCUACUAUAUUGCUAUGCCAAUCAGCCAUAGGUUAGGUUAGUUUAAAGGAUGCGCGGUUGUAAAAACAACCACUCCACUUGGAGACCUUUUGGUCCAUUGUGUUCAACCUAAUUAAGAAGCUAGGAGAAUAGGAUAGAGAGAAGAAAAGAAAAUGAAUAGUGAAGAAGUGAGAAUCAGUAUAAAGAGUACAGAAGUUAGUAGGUUUGCAUCCACGGUGUACCGACGUGUCCUCCUUUGCCAUUUUAGUCCUCUGGCUAACUGAAUCAGCCAAUAAGGCAUAGAUGUAAUGUAAAUAUGGGAUGUGACACAUUUUAUCCUUUGGUCAAACCACAAGGCUUUUACAGCAUCAAUCCUAUUUGAGCAUAUUUGCAAUUAGCCAAUUUGGGCCAAAGUAUGUUUCUGAAACUUCCUUUAUAACACUGCUAAUUGCGAGUUAGGAAUUUCAAUAAUACAACUCUUGUCGAUAAAAGGGAAGUGACAAUUCUUCGCCAUUAGGUCAUUACAGCAUUUGAAAAUUCGUUAUUGCACUUUCAAAAUCCGAAUUGAAAUUUGUAAAAUAUUUCUUAAAGUUUCGCCCCAGCCACAGUUGUGAUUACCAAAUAUGUACUAAAAACAAACAAUAGCAACAAAAUACGACGAAAAUUAGAGUAUAAUUUUUUUUUUAAUAAAACUUUACAUAGAUGAUAUACAUGCAUAUAUACACACAUAUAAAUAAUAAUAAUACUUAUUAAUAUUUGGAAAUUUUACCUUUUAACCAACAAAAACCAAACUCCAAAGAAACGAAAAUCCAAUACAAAAAGAGAAUCUUAAACAAAGAAGAUAACGCAUUUUAUUGAAACUGAGAAAAUAAUGAAGAAAAUGUACCUUUUCCAUAUAUUUUAUUCUAUUUUUUUAUUUUUGGUCUUUCUAAUAAUGUAUACAAACCAUAUAUAAAUAUAUAACAAAAAAACUUUAGAAAUAAAAAAAAUCUAACAAAAAAAGACAAUUCUUAUAUAAUUAUCAUUAUUAUAAUAAAACACGUUUAUAAAAUAUAUUAUUAAAUAAAAAAUAUUUAUUAUUAUUAUUGAAAUGGAAUUUCUGUUUGUUAUCACUAAAUAAAAGAAAUAAAUAAAUGUUUUAAUAGUAUGUAUCUUAUUUACAUAAAAAAAAAAUUCCAAAGUAUUGAUAAUAAUUAUUUAAUAAUCUUUGUUCUGUUUCCUAUUUGUUUUGACUCGAUUUCAAUUUCUUUGUUUUUUUUUUUUGUAUUAUCUUAAAGAGUAAUCCUGUAGUCGUUUUUGUGUAUUACAUUUUUAAGAAUAUAUAUUUCUUAUACGCAUAUUUGUAUAGUUUAACAAAUCAAAAACAACAUAAUAUAUAUACACUAACACUACAAUUACUCCAGUGCAUAUAUAGAUACAUACACUAAUAUACACAUAAUGAGGUCAAAUGUAACCUCAAAGUAAUAUUCUGAACACAUAAAAUUUACAUGUUUUAAAGUAAACAACUACCCGAAUUACAAACAAAAAAGAAUCUUUGUAGUGAACGUUUUUAUUGUAAUAAUAAAGAAGAGGAAGAAUAAACAAUCAAUAAAGUUUUAAACCCCAAAAUAUAA